AUGUCAACUAACACGGCUUCCGGCGCUGCUAGCCCCAAGGACAACGGCAACAUUCAGGUUGCAGUUGAGGCUGCUUCAGCUGAGGAGGAGCAUCGACGACACCUGUUCGGCAUUACCCUACCUCGCUACUUCAAUAGAGAUGCAGAUCGCACGUCCUACACUGCUCUGUCGUGUUUCAUGCAGACACUAGACAAUACCAAUAUCAGUAAUGCGUACGUUUCUGGCAUGAAGGAAGAUCUUUCCCUCUUUGACAAUGAGCUCAAUUAUUUUUCGACAACCUUCAACUGCGGUAUUAUCGCUGGCGCAGUACCGCUCAUUCUGUUGGCGACCAGAAUCAGGCCCUCGAUUUUGAUGCCUGCCUGCGAGCUGGCUUGGACAGCACUCGUAAUGGGCAUCGCCGGAGCCAAAUCUGCUCAGGCUGUUUAUGGCCUACGGUUUGCUAUCGGUUUUUUUCAGGGAAUUGCUUUCCCCGGAUUUGCUGCGGUCCUUGGUGCUUGGUACACACCUUCCGAGUUGGGCAAACGGAUGGCUCUUUACGAAGUGUCUGCUCGAGUAGCUGGAAUGUUUUCGGGAUAUAUUCAGGCAGGACUUUACACUAAUAUGAACGGAAAGGGCAUGGCAAGUUGGAGAUGGCUCUUCAUCUUUGAUGGCUUGAUUUCCAUCCCUAUCUCGCUAUGGGGUUUCUAUGCUUUACCUGAUCAGCCGAGGGAUACCAAGGCGAGAUGGUUGAAGGCUCCGGAGGUCGAUCUUGCCAUCCGACGUAUGGACAGUGUGGGUAGAAAGCCAGUACAAAAGAUUACUUGGACACGAUUCAAAGGAAUCUGGACAACUUGGCAUGUCUAUUUGUUUGUGGCGUGUUACUUCUUGUACGGUGCCUUUUCUUGGGGUGACGGCUAUUUCAACUUGUGGCUACAAUACCUUGGCAAGUACACAGUUCCUCAGAUCAACAACAUUCCGACGGCCGGACAGGGUGCAGCCCUGGUGAACGCCAUUAUCAGCGGGUUCAUCUCAGACUGGCUGGAGAAUCGCCCCAUCGUUAUUGUGGCCAACAUGAUGAUAUGUCUCGCGGGCAACGUCUUUGUAUCUGUCUGGAAAGCACCGGAAUGGCUCAAAUUCAUCGGCUAUAUCUUCAUUACCGCUGGUCUACCCGCCCAGUCCAUUACCAUUGCCUGGCUUAAUGAAGUUUGUCAAGGCAAUGGCACGCUUCGCGGACUAAUUGUAUCGCUGGGCAACACAGCUGUCUAUGCAAUCAACUCUUGGGCCUUGGUCCUCCUCUUCCCAGCUGUGGACGCUCCUCACUACAAAUACGGGUAUCAAGUGUGUGCCGGGAUGAUAGCCUUGGCUAUUUUGACUGUGGGCGCAAUCCUCUUGAUGAUCAGAAGCGAUAUACAUCGUGGAAAAGCGCGUCGUAAUGACCAGGGCCUCCUUGAGUUCACAGCAUGGGAAAACCUUGAAGGAAUCGAGAUCCCUCGGGAGCCGUCCAUUUCGAAAGUCUGA